AGCUACGUGAACAAGAUCAAGACCCGCUUCCUGGACCACCCCGAGAUCUACAGGUCCUUCCUGGAGAUCCUGCACACGUACCAGAAGGAGCAGCUGCACACCAAGGGCCGGCCGUUCCGCGGCAUGUCGGAGGAAGAGGUCUUCACGGAGGUGGCCAACCUCUUCCGUGGCCAGGAGGACCUGCUGUCCGAGUUCGGGCAGUUUCUGCCGGAGGCCAAGCGCUCGCUGUUCACGGGCAGCGGGCCGUGCGAGGCGAGCGGCACCCCGAAGAGCGAGCACGAGAAGGGGCUGGAGCAUGGCAAGAAGCGCUCGCGGCCCUCGCUGCUGCGGCCCGUGUCCGCGCCCGCCAAGAAGGUGAAGCUGCGGGGCACCAAGGACCUGUCGCUGGCUGCGGUGGGCAAGUACGGCACGCUGCAGGAGUUCUCCUUCUUUGACAAGGUGCGCCGGGUGCUGAAGAGCCAGGAGGUCUAUGAGAACUUCCUGAGGUGCAUUGCUCUCUUCAACCAGGAACUGGUGUCAGGGGCUGAGCUCCUGCAGCUUGUCAGCCCGUUCCUGGGGAAGUUCCCGGAGCUCUUCGCGCAGUUCAAGUCCUUCCUGGGUGUAAAGGAGCUGUCGUUCGCGCCACCGCUCAGCGAGCGCUCCGGGGACGGCGUGGGCCGAGAGAUCGACUACGCGUCCUGCAAGCGCAUCGGCUCCAGCUACCGCGCGCUGCCCAAGACCUACCAGCAGCCUCGCUGCAGCGGGAGGACGGCCAUCUGCAAGGAGGUGCUGAACGACACCUGGGUCUCCUUCCCCUCCUGGUCAGAGGACUCCACCUUCGUCAGCUCCAAGAAGACACCGUACGAGGAGCAGCUGCACCGCUGUGAGGACGAGCGGUUCGAGCUGGACGUGGUCCUGGAGACGAACCUGGCCACCAUCCGAGUGCUGGAGAGCGUGCAGAAGAAGCUGUCGCGCAUGGCGCCGGAGGACCAGGAGCGCUUCCGGCUGGACGACGCGCUGGGCGGCACGUCCGAGGUGAUCCAGCGGCGUGCCAUCCACCGCAUCUACGGGGACAAGGCCCCCGAGAUCAUCGAGAGCCUCAAGAAGAACCCCGUUGCUGCUGUGCCUGUCGUUCUGAAGAGGCUGAAGGCCAAGGAAGAGGAGUGGCGCGAGGCGCAGCAGGGCUUCAACAAGGUGUGGCGCGAGCAGUACGAGAAGGCCUACCUCAAGUCGCUGGACCACCAGGCUGUGAACUUCAAGCAGAACGACACCAAGGCGCUGCGCUCCAAGAGCCUGCUGAACGAGAUCGAGAGCGUGUACGACGAGCACCAGGAGCAGCACUCGGAGGGCCGCGGCGCGCCGGCCAGCGAGCCGCACCUCAUCUUCGCGUACGAGGACCGGCAGAUCCUGGAGGACGCGGCGGCGCUCAUCAGCUACUACGUGAAGCGGCAGCCGGCCAUCCAGAAGGAGGACCAGGCCACCAUCCAGCAGCUGCUGCACCGCUUCCUGCCCGGCCUCUUCUCGCAGCAGCAGCCCGAGCCCCGCGCCUCCGACGACUCGGCCGAUGAGGGCGGCGCGGCCGCGGACCCUGGCAGCGGGGCCGGCACGCGGAAGAGGUCGGGGCCCGGGCCGCAGGGCUGCGGCUCCGAGGACAAGGACAAGGACAAGGGGGCCCCGGCGGACGCGCCGGCCCCCGAGCAGCCCCCGCCGCCGCCGGCCCUGGACGACGUGUACAGCCUGUUCUUCGCCAACAACAACUGGUACUUCUUCCUGCGGCUGCACCAGACGCUGUGCGCGCGGCUGCUGCGCAUCUACCGGCAGGCGCAGGCGCAGCUGCUGGAGCACCGGCGCGAGGAGGAGCGCGCGCAGCUGCUGUGCGGCGGCCGGCGCGAGAAGGGCAGCGACCCCGCCAUGGAGCUGCGCCUCAAGCAGCCCAGUGAGGUGGAGCUGGAGGAGUACUAUCCGGCCUUCCUGGACAUGGUGCGCAGCCUGCUGGAGGGCAGCAUUGACCCCACGCAGUACGAGGACACGCUGCGGGAGAUGUUCACCAUCCACGCCUACGUCGGCUUCACCAUGGACAAACUGGUGCAGAACAUCGCCCGCCAGCUGCACCACCUGGUGAGCGACGACGUGUGCCUGAAGGUGGCCGAGCUGUACCUGAGCGAGAGGAAGCGCGGCGCGGCGGGCGGGAACCUGGCAUCCCGCUGCGUGCGCGCGGCCCGCGAGACGAGCUACCAGUGGAAGGCGGAGCGCUGCAUGGCGGACGAGAACUGCUUCAAGGUGAUGUUCCUGCAGCGCAAGGGCCAGGUGAUCAUGACCAUCGAGCUGCUGGACACCGAGGAGGCGCAGACGGAGGACCCCGUGGAGGUGCAGCACCUGGCCCGCUAUGUGGAGCAGUACGUGGGGACGGAGGGCUCCUCUGGCUCGCCCGCCGAGGGCUUCCUGCUGAAGCCCGUGUUCCUGCAGAGGAACCUGCGCAAGUUCCGGCGCUGGCAGUGCGAGCAGGUGCGCGCCCUGCGCGGCGAGGCCAAGGGCCCCUGGCGGCGGCUGGUGGGCGUGGAGAGCGCGUGCGACGUGGACUGCCGCUUCAAGCUCGGCACGCACAAGAUGGUGUUCAUCGUCAACUCCGAGGACUACAUGUACCGCCGCGGCACGCUCGGCCGCGCCAAGCAGGUGCAGCCCCUGGUGCUGCUGCGCCGCCACCAGCACUUCGGGGAGUGGCACAGCCGCUGGCUGGAGGACCACGUGACGGGCGAGGCGGCCGGGCUGGUGCAGGACUGGCUGAUGGGCGAGGAGGACGAGGACAUGGUGCCCUGCAAGACGCUGUGCGAGACCGCCACCGUGCACGGCCUGCCCGUCACCCGCUACCGCGUGCAGUACAGCCGCCGCCCCGCCUCGCCCUGAGCCCUGAGCGCGGCCUCCCCGCCCCUCAGCUCCCGGGCCGGGCUGCGGGAGGGCGGGGGCCGCGGCUUGGGCGCUGAGCCUUUGCCCAGCACCCGAGGGGUCACUGGGACCCAGCCGCUGUGCCUCGGGCUCGGUCACUGGGCGGGAAGCCCUGGGGGAACAGGCCGCCCGCAGCCUUGCCCCCAACGCACACGUUUAUUUCUCUCGCACGUUGUGGGCGCAGCUCGAGCAGCAGCGGGGCCCCGGCCUCCUCGCCUCUGCCAGGCCAGGCCUGGGUCACUCGGUGUGUGAGGGGGCCCUGCCACUGCCACCCAGGGCCCAGGGUGACGGGGGUUGGGCCCUGUGCGCAGCCCCUUCCCCGCAGAGCCGUGCCAAACUGGGUGCCCGCGGCCCCCCAGGUCACCUCGGGCGCCCCUCCUGUGUGGGAUGCGGGCGGGCGGGGACGCGGGCGAUGCCGAGCCCCGCAUGCUUCUCGGGAGCCUGUUCGUUCUGAGAAUUUCUGUUCUGGCCUUGAUCUCCCUUCGCAGCUGUUUUGAAUGUAGUUUUCCUUUUCUAUUUAUUUGCACAUUAAAGUUAAAAACUAAAUAUUAAUGCAAA